AUGGACAUUAAUAAUACAUUUCAUCAAAUUGUCUCCUCUUCCGAAGAAGACAAUGAACUUCUUCGGUAUUUUAACUUCUCCGAACCAGAGUUUCACUCACUUACAUUGCAACAAGACACCGGAAAUCAUGAUCUUUCUUUUGUUGAUGUUGAUGGAGUGGCAGCCAAGAAAACUCUUAACAAUGUUGUUGCGGAUGGUUCUAUUGGAAAUGAAAAUUGUGGUAAAGAUUUGAUUAAUGAUCCCGUGAUCGAUGAUAAAUCUUCGUGUAUUAACGAAAAGAAAGGCGAACAACCUGUGGCUCGACAUGACUUGUUUAGUUAUAACCAAGAAUGUAUAACAUCAUCGGGGUUUGAAAAUGCACAUGAAUUUGUUGUCAACCAAGAAACUAUUCAGAAUGUGCCGGAAAUCGGUUUUGGAGAUCAAGGAUUAUAUCAUUCGGUUGUGUCAUCAGUUAAUGAGAUUUCAGACCUGGCUCCAACUCCGUUGUCGAUGAAUUUGCUUAACUGCUAUGGAUGUUUGGUUCUAAGGGAAAUUGUUCAUCAGAAUGAACUUCUUACCACUAGAGUGACAAUCCAUGGUGGAAUUGGAACAUUCAAUCAUGCAAUCUUCAAAUUAGAAUAUCACAUUGAAGGCAUUCACCCUGCUGUGGAUGAGUUUUUUAUUGAUUUUAUUGGAAAGAAUGAGGAAUGGAUAAAAGAGUUUUUACUGCAACAUAAUCUCUUCUAUGCCGAUAAAGGGUUCGACAUUCGGUACGAUUCACUGUCAGGUUUCUGUGAUGUUCUUUGCUGCGGCAUGAACUUGAAUAUGAACAUGAACAAUGAGGAGCAAGUUCCACAUGAAUUUGUUGCACAGGUGCCAACAGACACUAGUUCAAUUGCAUCAAGUUCUUGCACUCCUAACCAUGAUCAAUCAGAGACAUCAGAAACAAAGUCAAGAAGAUUGAAGUGUAAGAUGAACAAGAACAAAUGGCCAACCCUUUCAGUGCAGAGGGAGAGAACCAAGAAGUUGGAAAUAAAUGAAAUUGCUAGUUUAUAUCACCUUCCCAUUGCUCAAGCUGCCGAAAAACUUGAGUUAUGUUCUACUGCUCUGAAGCAUAUUUGUCGUCGAUACGGAGUUGAACGUUGGCCUUUUCGCAAGGUGAAGAGCAAACUGAAAAAGAUAAGAAUGUUGCAUAAUGUGUUGAAGAGUACGAGUGGAGAAGAGGCUGAGAAAAUACAGAAACAAAUAAAGAAACAUCAGGCUGAAUUAGAAAGCAUCAACAGAGAAGGAAAAUGA